AUGCAGAAUUUUUAUCAAGUUCUCUCUAUAUCUCGGUCCGCAUCGCUCCCAGAAAUAAAAGCUGCUUACCGCAAAAUGCUCCUUCAGCACCACCCAGACAAGAGUACCCUUCGCAAGGAAGGCCAGGUCCAUGUAGAUUUUACGGUGAUCCAGGAGGCAUACUUCAUCCUAUCGGAUCCCGUUUUACGGCACAGCUAUGAUGUGGAGAUCCUUCAGAAACGAACCACGGGAGGACCACGACCAGCACAAGUUGUUUCGUUGGAUGAUUUUGAUGAGGAGCAGUCGAUGAGUGACUCUGACCAUUCGGCGUGGACCUACAAAUGUCGCUGUGGCGGUGUCUACACAAUAACAGACAAGGAAAUGGAAGUCGGACACCACUCUAUUGCUUGCAGCAGCUGCUCUGAGGUCAUAUGGGUUGGAUACGAGCUUGCGGGCGAAGAAAAAGGCAGUGGGGCGUCUCUUAAAUGGUAG